AUGUCAGUGCCCAGCUUCCUUCUCACUCGAGCCGCAUCCUCGGAAGCACUACAACCAGCCUUCAAAGCCAGAAAGGUGGCCCACGACUGGACUAUACCGACCUCGACAGCGGCCGAACUCGCCGAAGACCAGGCAACACCGAACCAAGACACAUAUCUUACGCUACAAGCCGCCGCCGAGUUCUACAUGCUGCAGCAAAAUCCCCCAGUCUCAGGCAUGGAGCCUCAGAUGAUGGAUUACCCUGCUACGGCUGAGGAAUACCUCUUCCCGGUCACGUCCCAAGGCGAAAGUGCUUCGUUGGACGCUUGGCUACCAAACUGCCAGCCCGAGCCAUCGAUGUACGAGACUGUAACGGCACAACAAGACCUCAACGUAUUCCAACCCCUGUGGCCACCCGAGGCUGCUGUUUUCGGGCCACCCAACCUGGAGAGCUUCAGUACACUAUCAUACUCGCAAGCCCCCAUUUCAGGGAACCUGGAGACUAUGAAGCAGAAUAUAGAGCCAUAUCAGCUGCCAUCCGGCGCCGUACCGCCACACGAAGCCACCGAACAACCGACAAUAGCCCUCCCAAUUCAGGCAGAAUCAAAAGGAAGAAGCGAGAUAGCUCAAGGACGCAUCAUCGAUGAAGUCUUAGGCACAUUGCGUCAGAUGGAUUACCAUAUUAGAGCUACCAAUCGGCAACACCUGGCCGAUAUCAACAGCAGCCGCCUGGCUUGA